CUUGACACAGCAUCAGGAAGGUUCUUGUAGCUAAUGAAUUUUCCUUCGUCCAUUAUCACCAUGAAAAUAUCCAUUUACCCAAACUGCUGACGCCUACGCUCCAAUGAUAAUAGAAGCGUCUAAAGCAAUCACUCCAAGCUUAGUCCAGUUUAGUCCAACGAUGAAUCGCGCUUACCUGGUUAGAGCUCAUUAUCAUGCUUGCCUUCUUUUAUGAAUUGCUUAUCAAUGCAUCAUCCUAAUCUCGUUUAUUGCUGCUGUGUCCUUAUCGUUCUUCGUCAGUCAACGGUGUUUUGAGUCGGCACAAAAAUGACUCCAUGAAAUCAUGACUUUGGGAAUUCAAGAUGCGAUCCGUUUCUGGACCCUAACGUGGCUUCUUCAUCAUAUUGAAAGCGCCUCAGUAGAUGUGGCCCAAGGCAGUCCCUAUCCCAGUCCCAGGAUCGUCAUAUUAGGUGGGACAGGCGUGGGAAAGUCCAGUCUCGCCAAUGUUCUCCUAGGCCGAGAUAAAGGCUAUGAGGAUCCACAACGACGGGGAUGUUUCACGGCUGGAUCCGGGAUUGAUCCAAUCACAACCUCGACCUGUCCGGAAGUAGGAACGUGGUUGAGUUCAAAUUGGCCUGUGACAGUGGUCGAUACUCCUGGAUUCGGGGAUGAUAUCACGAAUGAACGAAAAGUCAUCGACGAACUGGUUGAUGUUCUCAAGAAUGAUAUUAGAUUUGUUCAUUCAUUCGUUAUUGCAUUCAACGGAGAAUCCCCACGAAUGACUUCCAGUUUAAAAAGCAUGAUUCGAUUGUUUGAAAAGAUGUUCGGUACGGAAUUCUGGAAAAACGUGAUCUUGGAAGUGACCCGUUGGUCCUAUGAUGAGCGUUCCAUGUCAAAUCGAGAAUCUCGUGAAGAGACCGAAGCAACUUGGACCAAGGAAUGGAACAAUAAGUUCCAUUCGCUAUUUGACAUCCCAGCCAAUCUCGAUCUUAAUGCAGUUUUCAUCGAUUCGUUUUACGACCCAAAAUCGUCGAGGGAACAACUGCAGUUUGGAACGUAUACAUCGACUCUUUGGAACUUCACGGUCAACGUGAAACCCUUUGAAUGCAAAGACAUCAAAAUCGCACUCACAGAACUCAUGGAGGCUCAAGAAGCGAUAGCGAGCUUGAAGAAUGAGCUGAUUAAAGCCAAGGAUGGAUCAGAUGAUAUGUGUGUCUUUUGGUCGGUGUGCUUCAAUCCCGCUCAAUUUGGUGGAUUUGGAGGUGUCAUGAUGAUCAUGGGAGCUCUUCUUGGAGGAGGAUCACUACUAACCUUUCAAAACCUUUGUUGUUCUUCAGAAAACCAGAGCUCCAAGAUCCAUAUCGAAAUUCAAAGCGAUGAUGAUGAUGAUGAUGCAAAUGAACCUACCAAUUUGGACGACUACGAUGAGGAUGACUUCAGAGUCGUAUACAAUUGAACAUCCUCUAAAAUCAACACUGAAACGACAUCAAAUAUCAAGUGAACUAUUUAUCAUUUACUAUGUACACACGCAGUGGAACAAUAAACGGAGAUUAGAAUCAA